GUGUGGCGUGAUCAGAAUAACUGUUUUCCUGCGAAAAUGUUUUCGGUUUUAUUGAACUGAACGUACAGUCUAUCCCUAUAUACAAUGGUUAUGCAUAACACAACCAACAACACUAUAGUUACUAAACUGUCCGUACUGAUGUACCGUUUUCGUACGUGAAUGUUCGUGUGCGUAUUUCAAUCGAUUAUUAUGAGUUCGUGUCUGCCUGUCUGUUGUCUGUCACUUCGUAGUGUAUUCAAGGAAAACGCAAUAGAAAAAUCAGUCGCUGCAGGAAACACAUUUUAAAUUAUUCCGUAAAACAUCUACAGUGUUCCCACUGUGCCAAUACAAUUUCCAUGUUACUGGAUUUGCGUAUAAGCAAUGGAUCCAACAGUAAUAAAGACUGAACCACCUGACCAAUCAAAUCAAGUGAUAAAAGAAGAAAUUGUCGAAAUGACACCAUCAACACCGACCAUUGUUUUGGAUGGCAGCAUUGUUGAACGUGCCGAACAACCGUUGCUAAGUCAGAACGAACGGAACCAACGGCAAAUGAACGAAGAUGAAAGUUUAAUCAAUUCGGUACAGAAAUUUCCAAUCAUUUACGACCGAACCAAUCCGAAUUAUCAAAAUAAGGAACAAGUGCGCCACGUUUGGAGUGUUAUCGCUGAGAAUGCGAAUCGAACGCCUGAUUAUUGUCACAAACGUUGGCGAUAUCUUCGAGAUUACUUUGUACGCCAGCUACGCUACCACCGAACAACCGAUCCCAGCAAAUUGAAACGACCGUGGGUACUGUUCAAUAAAUUGACAUUUUUGAUACCAUUCGUGGCGCACGUAGUCGACAAAAACAAUUCCGAAAAUUGUUUCGAUGUAGCGAACGGCUAUGUGGCCGAUAUGAAGGUCGCAACGACACAAUUGCACGACUAUUUAUCGAAAUUUCAAACCGAAAACUACUACGAAUGUGAUGGAACAGAAAUUAAUGAUUUGACAAUGGAAUUGAAUGCGGAUACAGUCGAUGAAGAGGACGACAUUGUUCAGCCACAUCACAGCCAUCAGUCACAGCAAGGACAUUUGAGUCAAAAUAAGAAAAGAAAGGCAAACAUUGAGAGUGGAAGCAGUUUCCCGAGCUUGGAGCCGCUCGAUCGAAAACCAUAUGAGACAAUGAGCCGAUUAGACAACUCCUUAGACGAACACGAUCACUUUCUGUAUAGUUUGGCGCCGGAAUUGCGAAAAAUUGAUUCGAAAUUUACGUUGCAUUUUCGGAAUGAGGUCCACAAUUUGAUAUUGAAAUACCAGUCGAUGUCAGUGAACGACGAAUAAAAGAAUUUUGACAUUUUACGAUGCAUUUUCA